AUGUUUGACGUCAAGCCCCUUGUGCACCCGACCGAGAAUUUGGUCAGUGAAGAGAUGUGCAAGGAGAUGGGAGCCGCCUGCCCAGACGUGAAGUCUCUCGCCUCACUGCGGGAGAUGUACAAGGGCAAUGUCAGCCAGAACGCCGGUGCCGGGGCUUCCAUUACCACCUUCGAGCGGAAUAUCCUGUAUCCCAUGAAGGACGUUUCCUUGAGCAAUGCUGUGGACCCGGACACCUCGGAGGACCUGCAGAAGAUCUUCCAGAAGUUCGAGCUGAACCAGUUCCAGCUGGGGAAGGCGGCACGCGAGGAGAACAUCACCAGCGCACGGCAGAAGUUCGACGAGGGGCGGCUUCUGAUGAACGAGUUCUUCACGAAGGUGGACGAGAGCGUCGGACUGAAGCCAGGGGAUGAGAUCUACUUUGCACCGAUGCCGGUGGACAACAAGGCCACAGAGACCGACAAGUACUGGAAGCGGCGGGGGCAGAGAUGGGAGGUGAAGAAGAAGGUCGACACACUCUCGAAGAGUAACAAGACGGCGCGCUUCUACGCAAAGUCCAUCUUCGGAGACGACGCUGAGGGCUUGAGCUGGGAUGUCCGAGGUGACAGGGCGGAGAACUUCUACUCCGGCAGCUAG